AUGUAGUGCGUUGUUUACGCCUACACUCGGUUCAAGAUGGCUGCUGGAGACAACAGCGGCAGGCCUCCUUGCCUUAAUUUCUCCGGUCCCGGUCCUUUGGGAAACAGCCAGCCCAGCAACAGCGUUUUCUCCAUGCCAGCAUCCAACGGCGGAGCGGUCGGUGCGGCCGGGGGAGCCCAGGGAGCUGCGAGGCGUCCCAACCCGCAGCUGGGGCCUGGCGGGGGAGACAGCAACGGUGUUUCGAGCGGAGCUCAGCCGACUGCGCAGAACUCCCUGCAGCAGUCCGCUGCGGCAGGUGCUGCGGCAGCUGGGGCCAUGGCCACACCGGCGUCCAACAUGGCAUCCACCGCAGCGUCAAACGCGUCGGCGUCGGCGGCACCGACCGCCACUCCGGCGGCCGCGUCCGUGUUGGUGUACCGAGAGCCAGUGUACAACUGGCAGGCGACGAAGAGCACCGUGAAGGAGAGGUUUGCUUUCCUCUUCAACAACGAAGUGCUCAGUGACGUUCAUUUUUUAGUGGGCAAAGGAAUGGGGGUUCAGAGGAUACCUGCGCACAGGUUUGUUCUGGCGGUGGGGAGCGCAGUGUUUGAUGCCAUGUUCAACGGUGGGAUGGCGACGACCUCGACUGAAAUAGAGCUUCCUGAUGUGGAGCCAGCUGCCUUUCUGGCACUGCUAAAGUUCCUCUACUCUGAUGAAGUCCAGAUCGGGCCUGAGACGGUGAUGACCACGCUAUAUACAGCUAAAAAGUAUGCAGUGCCAGCACUGGAGGCUCACUGUGUGGAGUUCCUCAAGAAGAACCUGAGAGCAGACAAUGCUUUCAUGCUGCUCACACAGGCACGGUUGUUCGAUGAGCCUCAGCUUGCCAGCCUCUGUCUAGAAAACAUUGAUAAGAACACUGGAGAUGCUCUGGCUGCUGAAGGCUUUACGGAUAUAGAUUUGGAUACAUUGGUAGCCGUGUUGGAGAGGGAUACUCUGGGAGUGAGGGAGGUGCGUUUGUUUGGUGCUUCGGUGCGUUGGGCCGAGGCAGAAGCUCACAGGCAGCAGCUGCAGCCCACACCUGAGAAUAAACGCAAAGUGCUGGGCAAAGCUCUCACACUCAUCCGCUUCCCUCUCAUGACCAUUGAGGAGUUUGCUGCAGGUCCAGCCCAGUCCAGUAUUCUGACUGACAGAGAGGUGGUGAGUCUCUUUCUCCACUUCACAGUAAACCCAAAGCCUCGUGUUGAGUUCAUCGACCGGCCUCGGUGCUGCCUCCGCGGGAAGGAGUGCAGUAUCACACGUUUUGGACAAGUGGAGAGCCGCUGGGGUUACAGCGGGACAAGCGACCGCAUCCGGUUUUCAGUAAACAGAAGGAUAUUUGUGGUUGGGUUCGGUCUCUACGGCUCUAUACAUGGACCCACAGACUACCAAGUUAACAUCCAGAUCAUACACACAGACAGUAACACGGUGCUAGGCCAGAACGAUACAGGCUUCAGCUGUGACGGGUCACACAACACCUUCAGAGUCAUGUUCAAAGAACCAGUGGAGAUAUUACCCAACGUCAACUACACUGCCUGUGCUACACUGAAGGGCCCAGACUCUCAUUAUGGGACGAAGGGAAUGCGAAAGGUAACACAUGAGUCAUCAUCCACUGGCACAAAGACGUGUUUCACCUUUUGCUACGCGGCGGGCAACAACAACGGCACUUCAGUAGAGGACGGACAGAUUCCUGAGGUCAUCUUCUACACAUAGUCACCUCUGACAAAACAACGAUCUUCCAUCAAAUGUGACAACCUGACACCAGCGCGGGGCCACACCUCAGCAGCCGUUCUGGGGACUAAUCUCUCAGACAUCAUUCUGUCCCCUCCAUAUAGUGCACUACUGUCGGCCACAUGGGAAGACAAACAGCCGUAAGGCAAUGUAGGUCACUACAUGGGGGCGUAGCUUGUCAUUUGAGAAGCUGUCUCUCUCUUUCUCAGCGGCUUCCUUCACCCCUUUGUGUUGUAGUGAUGCCAG